UCGUAUGUUACAUAAACAGUUAGAGAACCGUGUUUUCCUAGAUUCCACAACAAUGAAAGGUUUCUCAGCUUUCUUAAUACUCCUCAGAACGGUGUUCGUGUCUUGCACGUUCGAUCUUUAUGGUUCAAUGGAUGACGCCCGCGAUGCGAUAAUAUCGUUUUAUGAUCCUGUGCACAAAGAGGGAGAAAAGAAAGUAGCAAAACUUAACUUUAAUAAAUUUGCAAUAGCUAUGAAAGACAUCGAGAGGGCAUUGGCCAAUGCUCAACUGAACGGACUGGUUCGACACAACGAAAAGAGAUUGGGAAAAUUGCUGAAGUUGAUUAAGACGGCCGUUUCCAGAAGAAGUUAUCGUUUCGCUCGCAAGGCAAUCGGUGAGGCAAUGUAUACAAUUAAAAAACUGCAAGAAAAAAGGAGACGAGGUAAGAGAAGUCCCAAGAUGUCAAGUAAGAGCUUUCUCGCCAACUUGAAGAAAAAAAUUGGCGAGUACGCUUUCAGUAAACUGCUGGUCAUAAAAGGUCAUGUUACACUGAUGUUUGCCAUCGAUAACACAGGAAGCAUGAGCAAAAUAAUUAACGCUGCAAAGAAUAUGGCCACAGCUAUUGUGACAGCAAAUCGAACAGUACCAGUGGAUUAUAUCUUGUCGCCUUUUGAUGAUCCUGGCACUGGUCCAGUCUCAUACUACGAUGAAACUCAAGAAGACAAAUUUCUCAAAGCGAUAUCCUCAUUAAAACCUCGAGAUGGUGGAGAUUGUCUCGAGUUGACGUUCGCAGGUAUGAGAAAUGCAAUCGAUCAUAAUCCUCAAGAUGGCUCUCCACUUUACGUGUUUACUGACGCUGGUGCUAAAGACGCGAGCAACCAAAAUAUUAUGCACUUAUCGGCAAUCGCCCAAGAUUGUGAAUGUGUCGUUGUUUUCUUCUAUGUGGAAAACUCGGGAUGUUCCACGAGAUCUGACAUUACGCCCUUUCAUAAAGUAGCUAAAGAGACAAACGGUCAUGUUUUUGUAUUGAAUAAUAGGAAAGAAUUAGAGAAAUUGGCGGAUUUUACUUCUACUUUGCUUGGCGGGACAACUGACAUGGCUAGCUAUGGAAACAAAAAACGCAAAAAGAGAAGUUCGUCCAAGCAAAGUAAUACUUACACCAUCACUGUGGAUGAUUCUGUCGACACAAUGGUCAUUUUGAUAACCACUGAUCAGGCUUAUGGUAACGGCAGCUCAUGGAAUGUAUCGCUGACCUCUCCCACAGGAUCGCUCGCGGGCGUCACGACUAACAGUUUAAACCAAGGAAGAAUUCAUCAAAUCUCAAAUCCGAUUGUGGGAAUAUGGAAUUUAGGAAUACAAUCGACUACGGACGUGAACUAUGAUGUUUCAGUGAAGGGAGUGAGUACAGAUAAUAUUGACUUCGAAGUUUAUUUUGUACGAACGACCUCUCGUCGUGUAGGGAAGUUCACAAUCUCAAUAUCAUCUCCUAUAUUAGGUGUUCAGAAUGAAGCAAUUUUAAAUGUUAGAGGAAUCUCUCAUGUCAACAAGAGCAGUUUGGCCGCGGAACUUGUGACGUUGUAUGGUGACGUCAUCACAAGCACAAGACCAACGUCAUUGUCCGCUAAAGAUAGCAAAGGGAUUAGACAUUUGUUCAAAUUCCAUCCACCAAAUCAAAUUUUCAAAAUCCAAUUGAAAGGUCUCACAAAGAAAGGCAAUUCAUUCGAGCGCAUUUCUAAAACACCAGUUAAAGCAGAAACAUUGAUAGUGAAAGUAUUGUACGCAAGAAAUGAUUUCACAUUGAAACACGAAAGCACAACUUAUUUAAUUUUCUCGAUUGAGAACUUUGGAAACAAUGAGGUCGUUGAUUUUAAAUCGUUUGGAAACUUGGGAACAGUCGAAAGACAGUCCAGAAAAUUCGGACUCGUACGUAAAGGUCGGAAGACAUCGUUCGUCGUCACGUUCCGAGGAAAACCGAAAGCCACCCCAGGUAUGACUAUGACAGUCGUAGUGUCUGUGACAGGAAGAAGUUCAGGUUCAGUAGCAAAGAUGUCCGUACCAUUGCUGGUUGUUGAAUGACAAAUGGAAUGAAAAAUAUUCGUGAUAUAACCAUCAAAGUAGCAGUAGAAAUAUUGUAUAAUCCACGUGGGUUUGAGAGAUUCGGUAUAAAUAAGCAAUACACGGAGUAAAGUUGCAUUGUAAUUUUUUAAAAUCUGAUAAAUAAUCUACGACACACUUUAUUUUCACAAUUCUACAAUUAAAAAUAA